AUGACUAAAUCAACCAUAAUGAAGCGUAUUGUCGCUUUGUUUAAGAAAACACACGAGAGAAAGGAAGAACAUGCAUACCCCUCUGAAUUAGAGAGCACGUACAAGGUGACCAAAAAGACAUUAGGAGUCGGCUCAUUUGCUGUUGUGAAAGAAUGCGUACAUCGUUCAACAGGACAAUCAUUCGCUCUCAAGAUUAUACUAAAGAAGGCGAUUGCAGGCAAAGAGCAUAUGCUAAGUAGCGAGUUGGACAUUUUGAAACAAGUCAGACAUCCACAUAUUGUAUCCAUGCAUAACUUAUACGAAUCGAUUGAUGCUGUAUACAUUGUCACUGAUUUGGCUAGUGGUGGGGAACUGUUUCAACAAUUACUUAAGAAAGGGACCUAUACAGAGAAAGAUGCAUCGAAUUUAACGAGACAAAUGCUAGAGGGAUUACAGUAUCUACAUGAAAGAGACAUUGUACACCGCGACAUGAAGCCGGAAAACCUAUUAUUCCAAACAGCUGACGAUGACUCGAAUUUGAUGAUUACAGACUUUGGUCUGUCGAAAAUUUUGAAGGCGCAAGAUGACAUUCUGACAACGGCGUGCGGUACACCAGGCUAUGUUGCUCCUGAAGUAUUGUUGCAAACCGGUCAUAACAAACCAGUGGAUCUGUGGAGUGUGGGUGUUAUAUUGUUUACAUUACUGAGUGGAUAUACCCCAUUUUGGGGAGAAGACCAAGCAAGCUUGUUUGAGUCCAUCAUGUCAGGGCAGUAUGAAUAUGAUGAAGAAUAUUGGUCCGAUAUUUCUGAUUCAGCCAGGAACUUGAUUGACAAGUUAUUGACAUUUGAUCCCAACAGCAGAAUUACAGCAGAGGAAGCACUUCAACAUCCAUGGAUAACAGGGACAGGAUCGAAAGAGGCUGGCCCGAGAACAAGCACUAAUCUUGCGCCAGCCAUUCGAAAAGGAUACAGUAGUAGAGGCAGUUUGACUGCAAUUGCUCUAGUUAAUCAAUACAAGACUUCUGGAGACUCAUCGAGUGAAGAGGAGAGAAAAAGCGAAGAGGUUAAGAAACUGGACAUCACAAUUUAA